GAGAAUUCCGGCGAAACUCGGAAGACGGGGUGAGCUUUUGGUUCCCCGCAAGCUUGAGAUGCCCGGUGGUCUUGACUUCUUGUUUGACCUCUCCUGACGGAAUGAUGUUGACCCGGCUGAAAGCAAAAUCAGAGAGGAAGGUUGCAAAACAGAUUUGCAAAGUUGUAUUGGAUCAUUUUGAAAAGGAAUAUUCCAGAGAACUUGGAGAUGCCUGGCAUACAGUAAGGGAUAUACUAACAUCUCCAUCAUGUUGGCAAUAUGCUGUGCUUCUUAACCGAUUCAAUUAUCCUUUUGAACUGGAAAAGGAUUUACAUUUGAAGGGCUAUCACUCACUCUUUCAAGGAUCUUUACCCUACUAUCCUAAAUCAAUGAAAUGUUACCUUAGCAGAACUCCACACAGAAUGCCUUCAGAAAGACACCGAAUUGGAAACCUAAAAAAAUACUAUCUCCUGAAUGCUGCCUCUCUUCUCCCAGUACUGGCUCUGGAAUUGAGGGAUGGGGAAAAGGUUCUGGAUCUGUGUGCUGGCCCUGGAGGCAAAUCGAUAGCUCUGCUACAGUGUGCUUAUCCAGGUUAUCUUCAUUGUAAUGAACACGAUGGUCUGAGAUUGAGGUGGCUGAGGCAGACGUUAGAAUCUUUCAUCCCACAGCCUUUGGUAAAUGUAAUUAAAGUGUCUGAAUUGGAUGGCAGAGAAAUGGGAGAUGCCCAGCCUGAAACGUUUGACAAGGUGUUAGUUGAUGCUCCGUGUUCAAAUGAUCGAAGUUGGUUGUUCUCUUCUGAUUCUCAGAAUGCAGCCUGUAGGAUAAGCCAAAGGAGGAAUUUGCCUCUUCUACAGAUAGAACUCUUAAGGUGAGGGCUAUUAAUAUAAAAGCUCACUUCGGUUUCUAAUAUAAUUUAAGUAGGCAUGACAAAACAUGACACAGGGCAGCUCCCAAGUGGAGGGUUUCCUGUGUAGGUGUCAAUAAUUAAUCCUCCAAAGUCUGCACCCAGAAAAUUCUCAACCUCUUCCCUUUCAGCUCUUGUAUUAUAAUGUCACCUCUGCCCCCUCUGUCCCCCCAGCCCCUCAAUGAAAUCUAGUGUUGCUGUGCAUUGUCUUUUAAAGGACACAAAUGAUUUUACUACGGUUUAAAGCUGUUUGCUUAUCAGGACCAUCCUGAGCGUAGGAUUCAUCACUGUAUUCUUUCACCAGAGUAUGAGCAGCCCCUGUAAGAGUAGCUUUGGACCAGGACACAUUUUUUUUAGUAAUGAACACAUUGUUCUCGGUGAUUAGGAAGUUAUAGUUUGUUGUUAGCACUUAUCUCUCCUCUAAUAAUUUUCCAGAAGGGCAUGACCACCGAGAGAUACUUGGUUUCUUCAGAACAGAGCCAUUUUGGGACAUC